UCCUCGCUCCGCGAAGGCACGAACACCACUUCAACACUCAACCGAUUCUAGUCCGAAGCGAAUCUCUCUGUCUUACACUGUCUUUCUCUCUCCAGAAUUUAUUUGACAACGAAACCUGAAGACUCACAGAGGCCGGGCAGGAUUCGCAAACGUAGUUGUUUCUGAUGGAAGACACUAACACAGUGUCUGCUAACAAUGUUGCUCGCGCCAUAGCAACCGCCCUGGACUGGAACUCCACUCCCGACUCUCGAAAAGCUGCUGUCUCUUUUCUGGAAUCUAUCAAAGCAGGUGAUCAUACUUCUGUCAUUUUACUGUUCAGCCAUUAUUAACAUAUCUUCAAUUCUUCAGAUCAAAGCAGGUGACUUGCGGAUUUUGGCAAACACUUCAUUUCUUUUGGUAAAAAAGGAUUGGUCAUCUGAAAUUCGGUUGCAUGCUUUUAAAAUGCUGCAGGUUCAUGCUCAUAUGCCACUGCCCCUUCUCUGUUGUAGGGGAUUUAUUUUGCUUCUCCUUUUUAAGCUCUAUUUUUAUUGCUUAUCCUUGUGUUGGUGUAUGAACCAUAUCCAUUUACAGCAUUUGGUGAGAUUAAGGUGGGAUGAAUUAAGCCCUUCUGAGCGUAAGAACUUCGCAAAUCUUUCUGUUGAUUUGAUGUCUGAGAUUGCAGAUCCUUGUGAAGAAUGGCCUCUUAAAAGCCAGACAGCUGCCCUUGUUGCUGAGAUAAUUAGAAGGGAGGGUCUUAAUCUAUGGCAAGAAUUGUUUCCAUCACUGGUUUCUCUAUCUGGCAAGGGUCAUAUUCAAGCUGAGUUGGUUUCAAUGAUGCUGCGGUGGCUCCCUGAAGAUAUCACAGUUCACAAUGAAGACUUGGAAGGUGAUCGGCGAAGGCUACUCUUGCGUGGGUUAACACAAUCUCUGCCUGAAAUUUUGCCUCUCUUGUACACUUUAUUAGAAAGGCACUUUGGAGCUGCUAUUGAACAAGUAGGUAGACAACAGAUGGACAUUGCAAAACAGCAUGCUGCUACAGUAACAGCUACUCUGAAUGCCAUAAAUGCAUAUGCAGAGUGGGCUCCACUUCCUGAUCUUGCUAAGUAUGGCAUCAUUAACGGUUGUGGCUUCCUUCUCUCUGCUCCAGAUUUUCGUCUUCAUGCUUGUGAGUUUUUCAAACUAGUUUCCCCAAGGAGGAGACCUGCUGACACAUCUGCUUCUGAGUUUGACUAUGCUAUGAACAGCAUCUUUCAGAUCUCGAUGAACACAUCAAGAGAAUUUUUGUACAGAUCUGAGUCAAGUCCUGGGGCCAUAGAUGAGGGUGACUAUGAAUUAGCAGAAUAUAUUUGUGAAAGUAUGGUGUCAUUGGGUUCGUCAAACUUGCAAAGUAUUGCUGGAGACAGCACCACACUUCCUCUUUACCUAGAACAGAUGCUGGGAUAUUUUCGACAUUUCAAGUUUGCAAUUCAUUUCCAAUCCCUACACUUUUGGCUGGUGCUGAUGAGAGAUUUGAUGUCAAAGCCAAAAAACUCUGCAAUCUCAGCUGCAGAUAAUUCAGCUACUGGUGGCUUUGGUUCUGGAGAGGGUGAAAAUGUGAAGAAAAAGAUUCUAAGUUUAGUAAAUGACAGUUUUUGUGGUGCAAUUUUGGAUACGUCUUUCCCUCGCAUGCUCAAGAAAGAAAAGCUUCUUCCUGAAACUGCAAUUUCUUUAGGCGUAUUGGAGUUGUGGAGUGACGGCUUUGAAGGCAAGGGUGAAUUCAGUCAAUAUCGAUCUAGGCUGUUGGAGCUGAUUAGGCUUAUUUCAUCUUACAAACCUCUGAUGGCUGCUGCUAAAGUUUCGGAAAAAAUUAGUGCAAUUAUUACGAACCAGUUGCAUUCACCAGCACCAGCUCAGGACUUGGCAGUGAUGGAAAGCAUGCAGUUGUCUUUGGACAAUGUCAUUAGUGCAGUUUUUGAUGGUUCCAAUGAAUUUGCCAAGGCAAAUGCUGAAGUUCAGCUUGCAGUCUGUAGAAUAUUUGAAGGCCUGCUUCAGCAACUUCUUUCUGUAAAAUGGACGGAGCCUGCCCUUGUGGAACUACUUGGUCAUUAUCUGGAUGCAAUGGGUCCAUUUAUGAAGUAUUUUCCAGAUGCAGUUGGGAGUGUUAUCAGUAAACUAUUUGAGCUUCUUACUUCCCUUCCUUUUGUCAUCAAGGAUACUUCGACAUUUAGCGCACGCCAUGCAAGGUUACAGAUUUGUACGUCAUUUAUCCGGAUAGCAAAAGCUGCUGACAAAAGCAUUCUGCCUCACAUGAAGGGCAUUGCCGAUACCAUGGCAUGUUUGCAAAAGGAGGGCCGUUUGCUUCAGGGAGAGCAUAAUCUUCUGGGUGAAGCUUUUCUUGUUAUGGCUUCUGCUGCUGGGGUUCAACAGCAACAGGAAGUUUUGGCCUGGCUAUUAGAACCUUUGAGCCAACAGUGGACACAAUUGGAAUGGCAGGAGAAAUACUUGUCUGAUCCACCAGGGUUAAUUUGCUUGUGCUCAGAAGCACCAGUUAUGUGGUCAAUUUUUCAUACUGUGACAUUCUUUGAGAAGGCACUUAAGAGGAGUGGCAUGAAGAAAGCUUAUUGGAAUUCUGAAAACAGCUCAAUGCCAGAUUCCACUUCUUCAAACCCAAUGGCUUCUCAUAUGUUAUGGAUGCUGCCUCCUCUCUUAAAACUUCUCCGUGCUAUACAUUCUCUUUGGUCUCCAUCCAUAUACCAAACAUUACCUGUGGAAGUGAAAGCUGCAAUGAGCAUGAGUGAUGUUGAGAGAUUCAGUCUUCUAGGAGAAGGGAACCCAAAAUUGUCAAAAGGUGCAUUGACUUUCAUGGAUGGAUCUCAGGGCAAUAUGAAUAAGGAAGGACAUGCAGAACCAAAUGAAUCUGAUAUACGAAAUUGGUUGAAAGGAAUCAGAGACAGUGGAUAUAAUGUACUGGGCUUGUCGACAACAAUUGGGGAUUUAUUUUUCAAAAUUUCUGAUGUGCACUCUGUUGCUGUUGCGUUGAUGGAGAAUAUACAGUCAAUGGAAUUCAGGCAUAUAAGGCAGCUUGUUCAUUCUAUUUUGAUUCCUUUAGUUAAACACUGUCCUCCAGAUAUGUGGGAGAUUUGGCUGGAACAGCUGUUGCACCCGUUAUUUAUUUAUGCUCAGCGGGCUCUCAGUUGUUCAUGGUCUAGUCUUCUACAAGAUGGCAGAGCAAAGGUUCCAGAUGUUCACAGCAUUCUUGCUGGAUCAGACUUGAAAGUAGAAGUGAUGGAGGAAAAACUUCUCAGGGAUCUCACCCGUGAGAUGUGUUCACUCCUUUCUGUUAUUGCUUCUCCACCACUUAAUGUUGGACUCCCUUCUUUAGAGCAAGCUGGGCAUGUUAGUCGUUUGGACACUUCUCUGAAAAGCUUGGAUUCAGUUGCAUCAAGCUCUAUUGUUGGUUUCCUUCUGAAGCAUGAACGUUUAGCGCUGUCAAUGCUGCACAUAUGCUUAGAAGCUUUUACAUGGACUGAUGGUGAAGCUGUGACAAAAGUUUCUUCAUAUUGUUCUGUGUUGAUAGCUCUAUCAAUUUGGACAAAUUAUACAGAACUUGUAGAGUUUGUUGCUAGAGAUCUUUUUACUUCCAUUAUUAAGGGUUUAGCCCUUGAGUCAAAUGCUAUAAUCAGUUCUGAGUUAGUCGGCCUCUGUCGUGAAAUAUUUGUGUAUCUCUGUGAUAGACACCCAGCUCCCAGACAGGUUCUGUUGUCUCUCCCCUCUAUCACCCCCCAUGAUUUACAUGCCUUUGAAGAAGCUUUAACAAAAACAGCCAGUCCAAAAGAACAGAAGCAGCAUAUGAGAAGCCUGCUUCUGUUAGCGACUGGAAACAAAUUAAAAGCACUUGCAGCUCAGAAAAGUGUGAACAUUAUCACAAAUGUUUCAAUGAGGCCGCGCAGCUCAUCUAAUGCUCCUGAAUCCAAAGUUGGUGAUGAGGAAGUUGUGGGAUUGGCAGCUAUCUUGUAAUAUUAAUAUGUGCUCAUGACAGGGUGUGUACAGAAACGGGCUCAUGUUGAAUGUGGGGUUUCUUUGUAAGCUUUGAAGGCUAAAAACCCCUGUAACUUCUCGAAGUAGGAAAUCGAGUGGAGCAUUAACAGAAGAAAAUCCGUUGAGGUGGACAGAAUAAGUGACAGCUGUAGAGGGUUUUCUUGUAGUUGUUCAGCAGCAAUCGGUCCGAUAUCCAAAGGGGGUGUGGAAAUCAUUUUGAGGAGCCAUUAUUUCGUGUCCUUUCCACCGGAAUUUGAGGUUAAACGGUCUUCUGGCCCUGAAAGCUAAUGUCACGUCUGCUUAUUGAAAUAUUUAUCAUGCCAGUUUUUGACGAAGCAAAAUAAUUGUGUUUGACAUAUUUUGAAAAGAAAUACAUAUUUCAUUUCAAGGUUUGA